AUGGAACGUUUGCAUACACAAUUUGAUAAAUACACGAAAAUAUGGACGGGUCCGAAGGCUACGAACUUCUUUGACUCGGAUUGUCCAAUUGGUAAAAUUUUGUAUGCUUUUAUGCGAAAUAAUCCGAAAAAUAUAUGCCAGAUAUCCGACACGGAAGGUACCGCCCUUACCAACAAUGAAGCCCUGACAUUUGGUAUACGCAUAGCUCAAUAUUUUAAGACAAUUGGUUUGCGACAAGACGAUGUUGUGGGUAUUGUGGGUUCCAAUACCACCUACCUUAUGCCCGUAGUCUUGGGUUGUUUGUUCAAUUGUACCCCAUUCCAUGCCAUUAACUAUAAGAAUGACGAAGCAACCAUAAAACAUUUAUUCCAAGGCACGAGACCCAAGGUGAUUUUUUGUGAUGGCGCUAUUUACGCCAAUGUGGCGGUGAUUGGUAAAAUUUUAAAGGCCCAAAUGAUUACCCUGAAUCAACAUCGUGUGGAUGUGUCAAAAGUCGAAGAUCUCCUAGAGCCGACAAAUGCGGAAUUGUUUUAUGUGCCUGAAACUCUUAAACAAGGUGGUGAUCAAACAGUGGCUAUUGUCUGUACGGCGGGUACAACAGGAAUGCCAAAAAAUGUGUGCAUAUCAAAUUCCGCUUGUCUCUUCGAUUAUGGCUUUAUGACUGGCCAAGAUGUACUGUUCUCCUUUAAUACGGUUGACAUAUCCUCGGGCUUGUUUAAUAUGAUAUUUAGCUGUGGCCACAGCUCCACCCGCAUAAUUACCGACAAACCUCAAAAUGCCGAAUAUCUGUUGGAUCUAAUAAAUAAAUACAAAAUUACCCUGCUCACUCUGUCGCCCACCUGUGUUGCAGCUCUGACCAAGUGCAACAUAUUGACCAAAGAUAAAUUAAGCAGUGUUCGAUUUAUAAGCAUCUCAGGAGGCAAUGUUCCGGUUAUGACACUGCUGAAGCUACAAGAUUACCUCACAAAUGGCUUAAUCUCUUAUGGUUACGCUUUGACAGAAUGUGGUGGUGUUGCUGGCAACAUGGGUGUUGGCCACCCGAACAGUGUGGGUAAGGUGGUACCCGGUGUCAAGGUGAGAAUUGUCGAUGAAAAUGAACACAAUCUGGGACACGGAGAGAUGGGUGAAAUUUUGGUUAAUACUGGCAAGGUGUGGAAUGGUUAUUAUGGCAAUCCUUCAGAAUCGAAACGUAUACAAGACUACCAAGGUUGGUAUCAUACCGGCGACUUGGGUUUCUUCGACAGAGACAACUAUUUGUAUGUGGUGGACCGCAAGUGUAACUCAUUACGUUUCCAUGGCAUGCAAUAUUGGCCACUGGAAUUGGAGCAGUGUGUUGCCGAAAUACCCGAUGUUUUGGAAGUUUGUGUAUUCGGCCUGUGGAAUGAAGUUGAUGGUGAUGCUGCUGCAGCGGCAGUUGUCAAAGUACCCGGUAGUAGACUCAGUGAACAGGAUGUAGUGGAGUAUGUGGCCAAACGUUUGGUCGUUGAACACAAACAGCUACACUGUGGAGUGUUCUUUCUCGAUGAGCUCCCAAAAACGGGUAGUGGUAAAGUUCUAAGGGACAAAGCACGAGAUAAGGCCUUGGGCAAACAUUGGGUCGCUCCAAAGCCAGCAUAUAAUCGUUUAGGUCAAUAG